AUGGAGAGAUGCCUGAUGAAUGCCAAUGUCUCCGAGGGUGACUUGGAUUUCUACACCAUGAAGGACUACAUGAUCCUGAGCUGCCCCCAACGAAUAGUUGUUGUGGUGCUUUGCACCCUUCUGGGCCUGCUAAGUGCCUUGGAGAACUUGGCCUUGCUCUGCCUGAUCCUCUGCUCCCGCCAGCUCCGCAGGAAGCCUUCAUACCUGUUCUUUGGCAGUUUGGCUGGGGCUGACUUCUUGGCUAGUGUGGUCUUUGCCAGCAGUUUUGUACAUUUCCAUGUCUUUGGUGGCAUGGAUUCCAAUACUGUCUUCCUGCUGAAGAUUGGCAGCGUGACCGUGAGUUUUACAGCCUCUGUGGGCAGUCUGCUACUUACAGCCAUUGACCGUUACCUCUGCCUGCACCACCCACCUGCAUACAAAGCUCUACUCACCCAGAGAAGGGCACUGGUAGCCCUGGGCAUCAUGUGGGUGCUCUCGGCAUUGGUCUCCUACCUGCCUUUCAUGGGAUGGACUUGCUAUCCCAAUGCCUGCUCUGAGCUUUUCCCACUGAUCCCCAAUAACUAUCUCCUGGGCUGGCUCUUGUUCAUCACCUUCCUCUUCUCUGGCAUCAUCUACACCUACGGGCAUGUCCUCUGGAAGGCCCAUCAGCAUGUAGCUAGCUUGGCUGAGCACCAGGAACCAGGAAUGGUCAGGAUGAGGCUGGACGUAAGGUUGGCCAAGACCUUGGGUGUGGUGCUGGCUGUUCUACUCGUUUGCUGGUUGCCAGUACUAACUCUCAUGGUCUACAGCCUGGCCACCAAGCUAAGCGACCAGAUCAAGAAGGUCUUCGCCUUCUGCUGCAUGCUGUGCCUUGUCAACUCCCUGGUCAACCCUGUUAUCUAUGCCCUUCGGAGUGGGGAAAUCCGUUCUUCUGCCCACCACUGCCUGGACCACUGGAAGAAAUGCCUGCUAGGCCUGAGGCCUGAAGGGAAAGAAGAAGUCCCAAGGUCUUCAGUCACUGAAACUGAAGCUGAUGUGAAAAUCACCCAGUAG